UUCCAAAGUCGUGGACCAUCGACCCGGUCUUGGGGCAUCGUAGUACCCUCGGCACUCCCUUUGUCAGGAUAUGUCAGGAUAUAUAAGGAGCCAUGUUACUCCAGUGGUCUCACUGAACAUCCGAUCAAGCAGCAUCAAUAGCACUAAAGCAAUUUAAACGUCCAUUCUACAAUCGUUCUUCGCAACUUCAAUCAAGCAACUUAUCAGCCUCCACCUCAUCCCGAAUCAAAGAAGUUCAGACCUCCAAUCUCUCAAAGAUGCACUCCCCCAACCUCCUCGCCCUCCUCACCCUCGCCACCGCCGCCCUCUCCUCCCCAAUCCUCACCAUGCCCCUCAAACGCCAACUCGGCAGCGGCGGCGGCACCCUCUUCGGCCCCAUCACCUUCCCCGGAAUCAACUUCUCCAACGCGAGCAUCACGCUCGUGAACUUCAACGACGAAGUCUUCGACAUCUCCUCCAUCAGCAUCUUCGGCGACAUCAACGACGGCGGCUGCACCGAGGCCACCCCCGAGUCCGACGCCGCCGCCAGCGAGCAGCCCACCCGCACUUCGGUCUUCGGCCCCGCGCAACUGCCUUGGUCCGCGGUCGACGUCUCGAGCGCGCAGAUCACGUUGGUCAAUUUCAACGAUGAGGUUUUCGACAUUUCGAGCAUCUCGGUUUUCGGGGAUGUCAAUGAUGGGGUUUGUCCUUCGCCUUCUGCUUAGAGAGAGCGCUGUGGAUUUCUUUUCUUUCCCUUUCUGAAGGAGUGGAGUUUUGUUUUGGAAAGAUCUCUCGAGUCGGAUGAGGGAUCGCUGCGAUGGUCGUUGAUGUGGGAUCAAGUCAUGGGAUUUCGGUGAGAUCUGCUUUUGCUUGCGCUGUUUCUUUCGUUUUGCGGAUGUCGUAUUUGAUGAGGAGAAUGUUGGCUGGCGAAAGGAUAUGUGAACCUUUCGAACUUGAUGGAGUGUUCGUUCUACAACUCGGAGAUCGACGAGGUAUUUGAUAGUGGGGAGCCCGCUUUGCUGGAUUCAGUCAUCGGUAGAUCAAUGAGAGUAACCAUCAAUGCGACGAAACGAUGAGCACUCUAUGGUUUUCAUAAUGCUCAUUGAUUGUUUCGAUAACAAGCAUGAG